GGGACCGUGGGAAUGACUGCGCUGGGCUGUAAGGGAUACGUGUUCUUAAGGUCGGGUGUUUUCAACUUUGUCCGCCGAGCACGCGUUAAAAACGGAUCCUAUUCAGUGGCGUUCUCGAAGCUGUUUUAUAAAACUCAGUUGAGUGUUAAGUCGGAGUGGAUUUCUUUUUCUGCACCUAACCGAGUUUCCGGCCUGAAAAGCGGGACAGAAAGUGCUGCCAGCUCAGAAGGGAGCUGUCGGAGUCGCCGCGAUCUGGAGGUCCACGUUCAGGCUCGCACGGGAUCUUCGCGCGUUGAGGCGGUUUGUCCACGUUCGGCCACCGUCGCGCCCGCGUUGCGCAGCAUUUUGUCCGCUGGUCGCCGCCGUCCCGGCGUUAGUCUUAGAGUGCCAGGAGCCGGAGCGCGUGUUCGGGGGCGCGGGCGGCGUAGCCCGUACCAUGGAGUCGCCCUUCAGCCCGGAGCUCCCUCUGCGGCCGGAUGAGGAUUGGGACUCUGCGCUGUUUGCUGAGCUCGGCCGCCUCACAGACACGGACUUGGACGCAGACCUGGACGCAGCUGCCGGGAUUUAUGCAAGCAAUUUUGAUAGCCUUGAUUUCGAUUUGGAUUUGAUGCCGUGGGAGACAGGCAUGUGGGACAUCAGCAAGCAGCUCUGCACAGGCUUACCUGUCAAGGCGGAGCCCCAGCCCCUCUCGCCGGCCUCCUGCAGCUGCUCGCUGUCAUCCCCGCAGUCCAUGGACUCGGCCUCACCCACCCAGCACGUCCCUGAGGAGCUGGAUUUGUCUUCUGCUUCCCAGAUGUCUCCCCUCUCCCUCUACGGAGAGAGUUCCAGCAGCCCUUGCUCGGCCGAGUCUCUGAAGGAAGACAAGCCUGUCCCCAGUCCCAGGAGCAAAACCGAAAAUGGACUGACUCCAAAGAAAAAACUUCAGACAAAUUCAAAACCUUCAAUUCAGCACAAGCCUUUGCUGCUUCCAGCUGCACCCAAACCUCAGACAAACCCCUGCGUUCCCGCGAAAGCCAUCGUCAUUCAGGCCCUGCCCGCACUGAUUCCGGUGGCAAAGCAGCAGCCCGCAAUCAGCAUCCACCCCGCACCCGCCAAAGGUCAGACCGUGGUGCUGUCUCAGCCUGCUGUGGUCCAGCUGCAGGCGCCCGGGGUCCUGUCCUCUCCCCAGCCUGUCCUGGCCAUCGCCAGGGGAGCCGCGCAGCUCCCGAACCACGUGGUCAGGGUGGUGCCGGCCCCUGUGGCCAGUAGCCCAGUGAAUGGAAAACUCGCUGUGGCUAAACCUGUCCUACAGAGUACCGGGAGAAGCGUGGGCUCAGACAUUGCUGUGCUCCGGAGGCAGCAGCGGAUGAUCAAGAACCGGGAGUCGGCCUGCCAGUCCCGCAAGAAGAAGAAGGAGUACAUGCUGGGGCUGGAGGCCCGGCUCAGGGCCGCCCUGUCCGAGAACGAGAAGCUGAGGCAGGAGAACGGGUCGCUGAAGCGGCAGCUGGACCAGGUGGUGCUGGAGAACCAGAGGCUGAAAGUGCCCAGUCCGAAGCGCAGAGCCAUCUGCGUGAUGGUGCUGCUGGCCCUCGUGCUCCUGAACUGCGGGCCCUUCAGCAUGCUGGAGCAGGAUUCCAGGAGAAUGAGUCCUAGCGUGAACCCUGCAAAUCAAAGGAGGCAUCUUCUCGGAUUUUCUGCCAAGGAGGUGCAAGACACACCUGACAGUGUCAUCCAGGAAGACAGCUACAGGCACGACCAGGCCGUCUCGGAUGACAAAGCUCUGAUGGUGCUGAGCGAGGAGCCCGUGCUGUACCUGCCGCCCCCUCCGUGUCGGCCCCUGAUCAACACCACGGAGUCCCUCAGGUUAAAUCAUGAACUUCGAUGGUGGGUGCACAGACACGAGGUGGAAAGGACCAAGUCGAGGAGGAUGACGAACCAUCAGCACAAAGCCCCUGUUCUUCAGGGUGCGCUGCAGCAGGGCCCACCUUCGCAGCUCCUGGCCGUCCAGUACACGGAGACUACCAGCGUCAGGACGGCGGGGAGCGAGCUCCAGGUGUACCGCGCCUCCCCCGGGAGCCACCGGGACUUCUUCGACGCCAUCCGCAGGAGGGGAGACACGUUUUACGUCGUGUCAUUUCGGAGGGAUCACCUGCUGCUGCCAGCGACCACCCAUAACAAGACCGCAAGACCGAAGAUGUCGAUCGUGCUGCCCGCCAUGAACGUCAGUGAGAAUGUGAUCGAUGGGCAGGACCACGAGGUCAUGAUGCAGAUCGACUGCCAGGUGAUGGACACCAGGAUCCUGCACAUCAAGAGCGCGUCAGUCCCGCCCUACCUCCGGGAGCAGCAGCAGAACCAGACCAGCACCCUCUUCGGGGCCCCGCCCGCAGCCACGGAGGCAGCCCGGGUGGUCAGCGCCAUCCCGGAGUCGCUGCAGUAGCCCUGGGCCACUCGGGCUUCGAGUGGGACCCACAGGCUGGGGGCGGGGCACAGGUGCUUCCUCCCGCCUUCCUGGUGGCGUCUGAUCCAGGACCUGGCCCGAGAUCAAGUUCGGGGGCAGAGAAAAGGAGCUGCCCCAUCUCCAUGUCCACCUGUCUCCCCCUGGCAGGGCCCGGGAUUCGGACACAGGGCGUGUGGCCCUUUCCCCUCCGUGUGGCCUUGAGUAGACUCCUGUGUUUUUGAGUCGAUUCCCCUGUGUGUUUCCUGUUUCGUCACCUACUGUAAGUCAGCCCCGCUCACUGCGCUGCCCCUCACUCGCCAGCAUGGGCUGCGUGUCACCAGCCACAGCAGCACACGUCUCGUGAGUUCGUGUAGACCCACUGUGCGCGCUGCGUGCCCUGGAAACCAGAUUUGGAACUGGACAGCCCAGCACACCCCCAAGCCAGCACAGCGCGGUGGUGCAUUAGGGAAGGGGGAGCCUCGGUGGGUGGGGCUGCCCUGCACGCAGGUGACGGUUGGGGGCCAGCAGGUAGCGAGUUUGAAAGUAUGAGCAGGACGGGUCAGGCCAGCGGCAGGUCCCCAUGAGCAGACACUGACUGUUCGCUGGGAUUGCCGUCUGCGGUCGGAGCCACAGCUGCCGUGUCUUUCGAGGGUCGAUGGCCACUGGGCCGAGUCUUCUCUCUGCUCGCCACGUGGGCCCUGCGGGGCCGCAGCACACACAGACCCUCCCUUCCCGUCGUGAGCCCCCACCUGCCAUCCCCUCUGCUAGGCAGUGAUGCCACAUUUAGCCACAGGGCUUAGCAAACGAGAGCAUUCUGUCUUGAAAAUGACCAACGUUCUUAGUCCCGGAGACUGUGUGGCCAGGAAAGUGGGGUUCCUGCCGGGUGGUGGGGGGCAGCCGCUGUGGUUCAAGAAAAGAAAAAAGACUGAAGUGUUGUCCUCGCUCGUUUUGCGCUCUGCGUGGAUGCUGCCCUUGGUCUUGGAGGUGAGCCUGCCUUGCCGCCCUCCUGCCCUGGGCUCUCACUCCACGGACGGGGCCUCCUGCCCUCACCUCCUCCAUCGGACCCUCCCGUCCACUGUUCCCUCCUGUCUGCACCACCCUCCCAGAGAUAGUGCAGCAGCCACGGCUUGGCUGGCGGACUCUAGGCGGCUCCCCAGGAUUUGGAAGCCUCAGCGUCGUGCGGGCUGGGUGCUUCUGCUCAGGCUAGUGGGCGGCUUUCUGAGGACUCGGUUUAACCUGUGAGGGGUGUGGCCCUGCUGCUUUUUCCCCAGGAAGCUGGCAUGUGACCCAGCCAUCCCCCUCUCCAGCGCAAGCCAGGGGGCCGCGUGGCGUCCCCCAUCCUGGUGUCGUGCCAGCAGGCUGUGCUGGCCGCGGCCACACUGACCUCUCGGGCCAGGGCCUGCUGCAGGCCCAGGGUUGGGGGUCAGCUGGACCCAGUUCUGUGCCAGGGCUGCCCUGCAGACCGAGUGGGGGUGCUCAGUACGUGAGCGGCGGCAGCUCCCUCCUCCCCUGCGUGGACCGUGGAGAUGGCUCCUCCGCGCAACUUUGACCGGAUCCAUCUGUCCCCAGCGUGUCCUGUGCUCACGGACCUGUUUGUUGGAGGAAGAUGUCAUUUGUGAUCUCGUCCGGCCACAGCACUGCCCCGGGACCACACGGGGCCUGGAGAGGCAUCAGGAGGAGGAGGCAGUGGGGCAGAGGGCUGGCCCGGCCCUGUGUGGGGACAUCAGAGCAGGCGCGGUGUCCCCUUCUCUCUGGGGCAAGGGGCACAUUCUCCUCAGGACAGAGUCUCGGGAAUGAGUGGCUGGCAUGGAGGACAUGGCGCCUGCGUGCUUCUGUCACCCCGUGACUUCCACUAUGUGGCUCCGGGACUCGCCACGCUGCCUGCUGGCAGAUGAGGCCGGGUGUCGGCUCGGUUUUUAGGAGCUUGCCUUUUGGAGGCUGCAGCCAGGCCUUCUGAGGGACAUGCGUGUACAUGUGUAUAGAACUUCUAACUUACUCAGUCUGCGUGUGGGGGGUUCACAGGCUUCUGAGGAUCCGAGAUAAACUCAGGGAGGGGCAGGCCCACUUACUCCUGAUGGCUGACCAGCAGUGCCAUCUGCGGACAUGGGGACACACCGUCCCAUGCUUCUCCGUUGGGUGGUGGUGGGCGCUGUGUGCGAGGAUGGCGUCCUCCCAGAGUGGGGGUCAGUGGGGGGUCAGUCCCAGAACAGACAGCUAUUUGGCGGUGCUUGUGGUCUGCAGGUUCCCAUCAGGCUGCUGGGUGGGUGUGUACGUUCCUGAGCAAAACGUCCUCGUGGUGGUCGGCGCCCAGAGCACCUUCUGGUCGCCCCGCAGUGCACAUCGAACGGGGCUUUCUCCUCCUUUCUUGUCAGUAAGCGGGCUCGGGGGUGGGUGCAGGCAGCGGCAGGUCAUGCGCUGGGUACGCCUCACUUGGAAGUGGGCAAGGGACUUGGGGUUCAAGCUGACUCCCCUGUCCUUUGAAUGGGACACGGUUCUGAUCGAACUUCCCGUCCUGGCUUGUUGUUCCUCAGCGUUGGGAGCUGUCUCUGCCCUGUGUCCCGAUUCUCCUCUCCUCCCACUCAGAUGUGACCCUCCAUGGGUGCAUCGCAGGGAAAACCGGUCACCGCGUCCAACUUCCUAAAGGUGACACUUCCCGGCAGCUCCACUCACAGGUCCCUCUUGGGAAUGACCACUAAGAGCCGGAGCCGGGCCCUCCAUUGUCCCUGCUCCGCACAGAUCAACCUCACAUGCUUGUUGGUGCCGCUGUGGAUGGAUGCUCGUGGGUGGGUACCUGUGGAUCCCUUAGCCCUCACCAAGAGGGGUGGUUUUAUUUACAGAAAUCAAGGAUCUUUGCUGCUAGUAUGAAUGCUAACUAUAACUUUUAAAAGCAAGAGUAAUGCCUAAAAGAAGGUAGAAUGUAAGAAAGUUUCAUUCCUAUCCCUAAUUUUAGGAUGGGGCAAUUCCUGUCCCCACCUACCACUGCCCCUAGGGGCUGUGUCUGACUUUUAAUUUCCUAGGAAACAGAAUCCUGGGCUCACCCACGGGGUGUUGCCAGUGCCUAAGUGGGAGCAGGCAGUUCCCUCCUCACCAGAAAGGGCGUCCGAGUGAUCUGCUAACUCAGGUCUUUAAUGGCAGCUCCUGGAGCAAGGCUUCCUUUGGAGGGACGGGCUCCAGCAGCUGCUGCUGACGUCUGUCGGCAGGUGUGUCAGAAUGUGAAGUGGGGGGAACAGGAAGGUUCUUGCGGGGGCUCAGUCCUGGUGUGGGUGUGUCGGCCCCUGUUGGGGAGCAGGCCUCACACCCAGCACCAAUUUGCUGGUCUGGGCAUCGGGCACUCGGCACGUUGGGAGACUGCCCACGGUCCCCAGUGGGAACCGAGGAGUGAGUAAGGCUUGGUGUGUUAGUUGCCAAGGUCAACAAGCACCCUGCCGGCUUGCUGCCUGUCCUGGCAGCGAAGGUGGGGCAUGUCCCCCAGGGUGAUAAUCCCAGGCGUGUUAGCUGGCUGACCUUGGCAAAUGCACACUGGAUGUCUUACCUGACACUGAGCCCUGGCUUCCAGGCUGGUCACCUGGAGAGGUGCGGGCUGCAGGUGAGCGCUCUCGUGCACCAGGGCCUGUAGGUGCCGGCGACGUGUCCUGACCAUCCUGUUGGCCGUGGGGCCGGGCUGCCAGCAAAGGGCUCGUCGAGCCUGGGGUCCAGCAUCCUCCCGAGGCGGGGUCUGCGCCAACCACCAGUGGGUAGCCUGCCCCUGAGCACGCGUGUCCGUCUACAGCAGGAGGACGAGUCAGGGAUGGCGCGCGGUUGCCGGUUUGUGGGCAGUCUUCACAGUGCAAUACUCGUUCUCUCUGGAAUGUGAAUAAAGAGUUUUCCAACGUG